AUGAUUUAUAAUUGCCGACAUGAAAUAUCUGUCUGGAGGAAAGAAAAUCAACCAUAUGAAAAACAAAGAAUAGCAGAGUUACAACAAGCGUUGGAAAGGGUCCAAGACGAUGAUAACAGUACCCAGGAAGAGCUCGUAGAUAUCACAAACAAAUUACAGGAUGCUUAUAGAGAUGAAGAGGAAUAUUGGAAGCAGAAAAGUCGGAAUAUGUGGUUAAGGGACGAGGAUUUAAACACUAAAUUUUUUCACGCAUCGACAAAACAACGCAGAGCGGUUAAUAGGAUUGUUGGGCUGUAUAAUGAGACCAACUUAUGGGUUGCUGGGAAAAAAGAGGUGGAGCAGGUAGCUGUUACUUAUUUCGAUAAACUGUUUACAUCAAGCUUACCGGAGGAUUUUACGGAAGUCCUAGAGCACGUAUCAGAGCGGGUUACAUCACUGGAAAACAACGUUUUGACUCGGCCGGCGACGGAAACAGAGGUGCGUGAGGCUUUAUUUAUGAUGCACCCAGAAAAAGCUCCGGGCCCAGACGGAAUGACGGCUCUAUUUUUUCAGCGGUCAUGGCACAUAGUCAAACAGGAUGUUCUCUCGAUGGUCAAUAAUUUUCUCACAACGGGUACUUUGGAUGAAAGAUUAAAUAUGACUCACAUUUGUCUAAUCCCGAAGAAGGGAAGACCGACUAGGAUGACGGAACUCCGACCGAUUAGUCUGUGUAAUGUGGGUUAUAAAAUUAUCUCCAAAGUUCUGUGUCAGAGGUUAAAGGUUUUACUGCCACGGUUAAUUUCGGAAACUCAGUCGGCUUUUGUUCCGGGUCGGCUUAUAUCGGAUAAUAUUUUGAUAGCUGAGAAGAUGUUUCAUGGGCUCCGGACGAACAAGUCAUGCAAAGGAAAAUUUAUGGCAGUAAAGACAGAUAUGAGCAAGGCAUAUGAUCGGGUUGAAUGGAAAUUUAUAGAGGCCUUAAUGCGAAAAAAGGGUUUUGCAGAGCAGUGGAUUAUUCUGAUGAUGAAGUGCAUUUCUUCAGUUCAGUAUAAAGUGUUACUUAAUGGACAACCAAAGGGAAGAAUUGUUCCUCAACUGAGGGCUACGACAAGGAGAUCCAUUAUCCCCCUACCUUUUUAUCCUUUGUACGGAAGUGCUCAUAGCAAAUAUUAA